AAAAAAGAAAAAGGUGGGGAGAGAAAAGACGAAUCCUGGACCUUGCACCUGGAACCUGUCAGCCCCCUGGCGGCUGGGCGGCUCUCAGGCCGGUGGAGCUCUGCCUGUUUUGGUAAUCACCCCCGGGGUUCUCUGCAGCAGCACCUCCUGCCGCUGCCUGCUGGCUCCUGGCUGUUCCCGGCCCAGGAGUGCAGCUGCCCGACACACGAUGGGUGACAGUGCCCAGCAGCGGAGGGGCCAGGAGGCAAGGCUGCCUCUUGAGACCCAGGUGGGCUGAACAAGCAGCUGGCCAACAGGAACAGCACAGUGGCAGUGCCCUGCGUUAACCAGCGUCGCACUAACAGCAGUGGGCCUGUGGGGUGGAGAGCCGUGGCAUCGCAUCACGUGGGACAAACGAAGAACUGAGUCCACAGACCGCAGGGCUCCUGUGGCUGUGGAUGAGCAGCAGAUGGGCAGCGGCAGCGGCAGGCAGGGGCGAGGGCAGAGGGCCAGCCCGGGGCAUGUGCGACAUGGCCAGGUGCACCGCUGGGAGUGUGCGGUAAACGUGCAGCUGGCAGGCCUGACUCAUGUGCCGGGGCGGCAGGGCAGUGAGGGCGAGGCUCAACGCCAGCGCUGCCCACAGACUUCAGAAGGGAAGCCUAAAACAGCUGUGGUAUGCAGCGGACAGCCUGGCGUGGCCAAGGAAAUCCCAUUUGUGGCCACUUCUGAGACACUUCCAAUGGGAUCAGUGGGAGCUGCUGUCCCAGGCCCUCUCCUGGUUCGCGGAGAUGCAGCACCUUCAGGUGCCAAGGCCCUGGGAAGUGGAUCCAGACCUCACCCUUGCUGGGCCUGCACACUUGCCUACUGGCUUCAUGAACCUUCCCUCCUGCCUAUUCUUGCCUAAGUCAGCAUCUCUUGAGUGUCAAGUCCCAGGAGUUGGGGAUCAGGUCUGCAACAGGUGAAGAGGGGUGAGCAACUGUGAGGGGGUGCUCCCAACUAUCCCCAGUACCAGAGGCACUUGUGGGGAGAGAAAGGAGGGCCCAUCAGGGAGUGUGGAGGGGUAAUGACAGCAUUUGAGAAGCAGGACAGACAGCCUUCACGGCCCCUCUGCUCCCUAUGAAUUGAGUGACUUGCAGCUCCUCAGCAAAUCGUCUGUGGCUGCAGGUAAGAGGGUGUCAAACAGAGCUGCCCAAGUCACCCCGCAGAAGUCCCUCAUUUGGGUAAAGAACCUGUCAAACUUGGCCCAUCGCGCUGUGCUCAGCUGUGUGGCCUGUUUCCUAGCUAGAGACAGCCAGCAUGACCUGUUCUCAGCAUCAUCUGGCAUUACCUGCCUGCCCAGUCACCUUCCCUCUGGCCUCAGAUGGCUGUAGGCCCCACCUCCUCUCCACCUCCCAUCCUUCAGGGAUCUGGACUCACCAGAUCCACAGGUCCCAGAGUCUUUAAAGGAUCAGCACUGGGAAUACGGCUCAUUGAGAGCUGUGACACCCACCUUGACUCUAGUGGAAGGCCAACAGCAAGUCCCCUUUUGGCCACCAGCUGGCACCAUGAGGGCCUGGGCCUCCCUGACAGUGGUUAUGCUCUGUGGCCUGACCUGGGCUGGGAACCUGGAAUCCUGCACAUCUCGCUGUAACGAGGAGUUCGACCGGGACGCCACCUGCCAGUGUGACCACCAGUGCCCCGAGCACGGUGACUGCUGUGAGGACUAUGCAGAGCUGUGCACAGCAGAAGAGGAGCCUGUGGAGCUGGUGUCCAUUCCAGGGCUGGACGAUGAGCCUGCGGUCCACAGCCUGUAUGGGGCGCCCGGCUCCUGCCGAGGCCGCUGCCGCGAAGCCUUCGAUGCCCACCACGCCUGCCACUGUGAUGACCGCUGCCGCGAGCUGGGCAACUGCUGCAGGGACUUCGACAGCCUGUGCAGCGACCACGGCGGCUUCUCCCAUAGCAGCGACGGCAUAACGAAGGAAGAGCUUCGGAGCAUCUCUGAGAAGAUCUACGAGGUGGACGCCAACAAAGCCCAGAAGGAAGACAUCAUUCUCAACCCGCAAAACCGCAUCCCUCCGUCAGAGACUGGGGACCAGGUGGACCGCUGCCCAGAGCUGCUCUUCACCUAUGUCAACGAGAAGCUGUUCUCCAAGCCGACAUAUGCAGCCUUCAUCCAGCUGCUCAACAACUACCAGCGGGCCACGGGCCACAGCGAGCGCUUCAGCACCCAGCAGCUGGCCGAGCAGGACACCUUCCUCAGAGAGGUCAUGAAGACAGCCGUCAUGAGGCAUCUCUACAGCUUCCUCCAUCACCAGAACCGCUACAGCUCUGAACAGGAGUUUGUUGAUGACUUGAAGAACAUGUGGUUUGGACUCUAUUCACGAGGCAACGGGGAGGGGGACUCAAGCGGCUUUGAACACGUCUUCUCAGGUGAAGUCAAAAAGGGCAAGGUCACUGGCUUCCAUAACUGGAUCCGCUUCUACCUGCAGGAGAAGGAGGGCCUGGUUGACUACUACAGCCAUGUCUAUGAUGGGCCUUGGGACUCCUAUCCUGACGUGCUAGCCAUGCAGUUCAACUGGGAUGGCUACUACAAGGAGGUGGGCUCAGCUUUCAUUGGCAGCAGCCCCGAGUUCGAGUUCGCACUCUACACCCUGUGCUUUAUCGCCAGGCCAGGCAAGACCUGCCAGUUAAGCCUGGGCGGCUACCCCUUGUCCAUCCAGACCUACACCUGGGACAAGACUACCUACGGAAGCAGGAAGAAGUACAUCGCCACGGCCUACAUCGUGUCGUCCACCCAGUAGAGCUCUGAGCCAGAGAGGGCCCGAGGGCUGCUGCAGCACAGAGGGCGGACUGAGGGCCUGCCUGCUCCGGACUGUGCAGGGAAGGAGGAGACCGAGGGGGAUCCCCAGGGGGAUUUCUGGAAGCACUCACGUGGAAAAAAGAAAAGAUUCAAAUUAGGAAAUGCUGAGAAAUAAUCCAAAUUUUGUCUUCUAGUAUUUUAGCAACACGGACUAAGACUCAGACUCCAGACAGAAGGUGGAGACUGUGGGAACUGCUUGCACUCAAGUGUGGGAGGCCCGCGCGAGGGUCCUUGGACCUCCCUGGGCCGUGCGCCCCCCUCCAGCGUGGGGGAGGCUCUGCCCUCCUUCCCCUUUGUGGGGUCGCUGAGGGCGAGCCCGAUGUCCUCACUGUGCUCGUCUUCAACUGUUCUCCGAACGACCGGCAGCCCAGAUUCACGGUCACUGUUCCGGCUGUGACUGUCCCAGCACCGCACGCGGCAGCUCAGCCCCUGCCAGUGGCCUCGGAAGCCCAGCAAGAAGCCAGGAGGCGGCCUCUACCCGGGAGGACUCCACGGCAGGCGGGAGUGGUGUGUGGGCAGGGCAAGUGGCCUCCUCUAGGCCCCGCGUAUUUCUGUGGCCAGAAGCUUCCAACUUGGAAUCUAGUUAAUAAUAAUUUUUGAAAGAAUUCCCCUUAUGAGAAGAAGAAGCUUUAGCAGCAGGAGCAGAAAGGAACCCAUAGCUUGGUGUCAACAAAAAUAAUGCACAUUAAACUCAUCCAGCUGCUGAGAUGGAAACCUGUAGGAUUCGCUGUGGCUCCAGGCUCGUCCUCGGAGACUUUCCUCUGAGCCCCACUGCCCACCAGAUGCUGCCCCACAGCGCCAGCCUUGCGCCCUGGAGGGGCUGGCUCUCCAACUAAAGUCAUGUGAGGAACCCUGAAGUGCGUCUCUUCUCUGUGUGUGGUCCCUUGCCUGCCAGUCCUCCAGCUUGUCCCUGGAGCAUGGCCAGGAG